AUGACCGAACUUCGCUAUAGCAAAGAUGGGGUUCCCAUCUACGAUGGAACAGCAGAACUUUUUGUUGCUUACAAAAGAGCUGCUCUCAACUACGUGGAGACACUGGAAUGGAAGAAAAGACCUCUCGCUGGACCCAGACUUCAAUCAGUGUUAGAAGGGGCUGCACGAACCGCAGUUCAACACAAGUCACCAGGGUGGAUUUCACAUAGUCGGGGCGCUGAAGAACUGCUCACCUUCUUGAAAACCAAGGUACAGCCUCCCACGUUGGCUGAAGCUGGAAAGUCCAUCUCGAGAUUCUUCUACCAGGUGAAAAGAAGAAAAGGAGAAUGCAUGAAUGCAUGGAUCGUCCGCCAUGACGAGUCUCUCUUUGAAGCAAGGAGGACAUUGGCCGAGGCCAUCGAGGAAUAUGGACAGGGAUAUUCCAGUCGGCCAUCCAAGAGUACAUCCAGUCAGCAUGGCUCACAACAUGCCGACCAGCAUCAGGAACAGGGGCCAUUCGAUUCGAAUGGAUUGAUGCGGGAUGAAGAUGAUCUACACGCUCAGAACCCGGAUGAGCCAGACCCAUGGAGAGACUAUGCAGGCUGGCACGAUUGGAACAAUGAUGAUGAGUGGACCUGGGGUUCAUGGGAGAAAUGGGAAACCGAACCUCGUGUGACAAAGGAGAUGGUCUACCAAGCUGAAACCUCAGACCGGGCCUCAGAGGAGGCAGGGAAAUUCCUCCCGGACUUCGUCGUGGCUUGGAUGCUCCUUCAAAGGUCAGGCCUGGAUGGCUCAGAAAAGGCCACCAUCAUUGCCAGCCUCAAGAAUGAGUUCACGACUGAAAGGGUCAAGGAAGCAUUGAAGCUGAACUGGACCGAUGAAGACCUCCGGAAAAGAGACCAAGUCCGAGGGUCAGCAUUGAUGCUAGGAGAAGAAGAAGACGAUGCCUUUCUACAUGAAGAAGAGACACCGCCAGCACCGACAUGGAUGACUGAGGCAGAAGUUGAAGAGUACAACUACCUCACCCAUGAGACAGAAGAAGCACUAGCAGCCAUCCAAGGGGCAAGACGCACCCUUCGUGAUGCCCGCGAGAAGCAAUCAAUGAUGAGGAAAAGCCGACAGUUCUACCCCAUGAAGAAGGAGACCUACACGAAGUGGAGAACAGAAAGGUCAGAAAGUGAGCGGAAGUGUUUCCGCUGUGGAGGUGACCAGAUUGAGCCAGAUGCUGCGGAGCAAUCAUCAGCGGAUUUUGAAGCCCUAGCUGCAAUGACAAUGAACUCGUUAUUGGAAGCUGGGAAGGCCAUCAUUGAUCCCGGUAUGAGCACGAUGCGUGUACACGUGCAUGACAUCCCCAAUCAACCAGUCCUGUUGAGCAUUGCCUCGCUCCGGGCACUGGGAGCAGUGAUUGAUUACGAUCAAAACACCAUGUUGCUGAAAAGGGUCGAUCCACACAAGGAGGUCUUGAGACAGCGCAUCAAAGAGAUGGGCGAGGAACCUCCAGCCGAGUGGACUCGGACUCAGCUCGAGACGCGGUUUCAGGAGCUGAAAGACGAGACCUCACCUGGCCAGAAGAUCCAGAACCAACUCUUGGUGGAAAUGAAUCGUGCUUCCAAGAAAAAGAUCGAAUUGCAGAAGUACAUUCAAGAGCGCCUGGAACUCAAGAUCACCGGCAACGAAACGGUGGCUCGCUUACAGACCAUGGGUCACCAAAAGAUCAUGGAGAUGACACCACCACUGGGAUCCGACAAGAUGGGGUAUGGAAAACAUGCCAACAAGACAUACCAGGAGGUCCUCGUGUCCGACCCGUCAUAUGUGGACUGGUGCCACCAAACCAGUCAAGAAGAGGAGACAUGCUGGCAGAUGAAGAGAUUCCUCAAGUGGGUGACACAACGUCAAGCCACUCAAGGGAAUGCCCUCGAGAGCUUCACCCAGAAGAGGACAGUGCUAUCCCAGGGGAAGAUCCUGGAGAGCUUCAACCAGAAGAAGAACAUGACCUCACCAGAAGCACCCGGCUACAACAAGCCAGAAGCCGCCUCAGCACCAUCCAGCGGCACCGAGGGAUCCUUCAUUCACAUUCCCAUGGACACCUCAGUGACAGCAGCAGACGCAGAGGAACUCCUCAGCGACCUGGAUGUCCAGAUCCGCGAGCUGGAGCGUCAGAAGGCCAUGGUCCGCAAGAGCACAUCCAAGAAAGAGGAAGCCAAGACCCAGAAGACGGGGGAAUCAUCUCGAACCCAGACGUGA